CCCUGUGAGCACGUGAAUACUAUAAAAGCAAAAGAGCACCGACUGCUCUCUCACUGACUGAUAACGGGCUAAACCACCAUCGUCUCCGGCGAUGUGGCCGGAAAUACCAGAUGCUCCACCGCCAGACUCGUGAGUAACCACUCAAUAAAUGAGAAAGAAACACGGCCUAAACCUCAAAAACACAAAAAAAUGGCCCAAAACCUCAAGCACCGAGUCUUCACCUGCCUCACCAAACUGUCCGACCGUGAUACUCACUCCAUCGCCGUCUCCGAACUCGAGUCCAUUGCCCGGACGCUGGAACCGGCCCACUAUCCUACCUUCCUCUCCUGCAUUCACUCCACCGACACCUCCGACAAGUCGCCGGUGCGCAAACAGUGCGUGAACCUCUUGGCAAUUCUCUCGGAGAAUCAUGGCAACGCGCUCUCUCCUUACCUCUCCAAAAUGCUAUCCUCCAUCACCCGCCGCCUCCGCGACCCUGACUCCUCGGUCCGAUCCGCUUGCGUGAAUUCCGUCGCGGCUCUGUCGUCUCACGUCACGAAGCCGCCGUUUGUCUCUUUCCUGAAGCCCUUGGCCGACGCGCUAUUCACGGAACAGGACCCGAACGCGCAGAUCGGAGCGGCUUUGUGCUUGGCUGCGGCAAUCGAUGCUGCUCCGGAUCCGGACCCGGCGAGACUGGCAAAGCUGUUGCCGAGGUUCGAGAAGUUGUUGAAAUGCGAGAGCUUUAGGGCGAAGGCGGCGCUUCUGGCUCUAAUGGGUACCGUUGUUAGCGCUGGUGCGGCGUCGUUUAACGGGGCAUCGAAGAACUUAGUGCCUUGUCUGGUGGAGUUCUUGCGUAGGGAAGACUGGACGGCGAGGAAGGCUGCGGCGGAGGCUCUGCUGAGUUUGGCGGUGGUGGAGAGGGAUACCCUCGCGGAAUGUAAGGCCAGCUGUUUGAAGGUCUUCGAGAGCCGUCGAUACGAUAAGGUGAAAGCUGUGCGGGAGGUUAUGAAUCAAAUGUUGGAGGCUUGGAAGCAGAUUCCUGAUGUUUCAGAUGAGGCAUCGCCACCUCCGCGAUCGGAAUCUUCUUCAAAAGACAAUGCAAGUGAUGGACGCCAUGCACUUGGUUCCAAAAACCCCUGUGCUGCUGGUUCGGAAGCUCGUCAAUUGAGGAAGAAACCGAUCCUAGCUGGUCACUUAACCCCAUCUGAUUGUUCAUCUGCUAUCAGUGCUAGAAAGAGGAGUAUUCUGGAAAGCAAUGGCAAUAAAACAAAUCCACCAAUAUUUCGGAAGCUGGACCACAAGAAAGCUUUAGACUGGAAAGUUGAGAUUACAGUACCUAAUGUUUCUGGGUCUUUUGAGGUUGAUUAUAAGGAAACAGAUGAGAAUGUCCCCGAGAGAAGGAAUGUUGAGAAAAAUAGGUUAUCAAAGGCUGAAACAAAACGGUCGCUCUUCAGUAAGAACUCUGAUGACAAGAUGCACAAGUUUGGUGGGACCAAGAGUGAAUCUCGUGUGGUUCCAUGUCAAGAAGAGAGCCCAGGAUCCACUGUUGUUGUCAGUAAUGUUACUGAUUGCCCGAGGAACCACAAAGAGUGUGAAGAUUUAGCUUUAAUUCGCAAUCAGCUUGUUCAGAUCGAAAAGCAGCAAUCUAGUCUACUUGAUCUCCUGCAGAGAUUCAUUGGGAGCUCACAAAAUGGAAUGCGUUCUUUGGAGACACGUGUGCAUGGCCUAGAGUUGGCACUGGAUGAGAUCUCAUGUGAUCUGGCUGUAUCGACUGGGAGGAUGACUAACACUGACUCCUUUGGAUCCAAAUGUUGCUUGCUACCGGGUGCAGAUUUUUUGAGUUCCAAGUUCUGGAGGAAGACAGAGGGCCGGUAUUCCUCAAGGCUUUCUAUUUCCAGAGUCCCCCCAACAGUGCCUGCCAUGCGCCACAGAGCCGACAAGAGGGGAAAUGCUGAAACAUUUGAGUUAGAGAACCGUAUGUCUCGGCUACAGGGUGUUGGGGGUUUCAUUUUGAAUCCCCUGGCAGAGAUUCAGAGUGAUUCAAGGGGCAUCUCUGAGGUGGCUCAUCAUUAAACAAUGAACAACAGCAGAUAUGAUGCAUAGUUUGGGUUGGAACUUUGAGUUUCCUCCAAUUCUAAUUUCAGCUUGGUGGAGAAACAACCAUCAAAUGAUCAAGAGGUAUGAAGAUGUAUCAAUUUAUGGGAUUUGUUAGGCUUGUUAUGAAGUAGCCUAUUGAAUGUUGCAUUACAACGGCAGCAGUUGGCAGCAGCGGUUCUUUUUAAUACUAUCCCUACUGAAGAAGUCUCAUAAUAAACUCUUGGAAAAAUCAAAAGUACUAAUUCACACAAAAAUUCAAAAAAGAAAAAAGAAAAAAAAAUUCGUAUUGUGGUGAAGCAUUCAUUUUCAGUUUGAUUCUUCGUGGUCGUGAAAUUGAGAACUCGCCCGGCGAGUGAGUUUCCACUAAAAAUGCCAGUCAUGAUAUGGAGGGUGAAGUAUUGUGUAUAGAGUACAGUUUAUUUUUCCUCAUUCUUUUGUGGGAGGGGUCGUUCUCUUGUGUUUUGUGGAAGUAAGAUGCAAUUAUGAUGAUGAACACGCCCACAUUGAUUGAGUUUUACCUA